UUCAGUAGAGACGGUUUAGCUACAAGUAAAUACGCAUUUUUUAAAAAAAAAAAAAACAAUAAUAAACUAUGAAAAAAUUUAAUAAACUAAUCAUUUUGUUUAUGACAAUGGUCAUCAUGGUCACAGCUUAUGAACCAAUUACACAUAAAUCUGUAAAUACGACUGCAUCUGACAUAAAACAAACAGCCCACAUUUCACCGGAUAUUGUCAAUGAAUUUAAAGAUUUUGAAAAUUUAAUACCCACCGCCACCGUAGAUGAAAUUGUAGCCAAACACUAUUUGGUCGAUGGAAAUUUUCGCACAGCCUUUAAAUAUUUGCGCAGUCAAGAAUUUGCCAAGCUGCAGAGACAACUUUUGGAUAUACCAGAAAUUAUAGAUAUUUUAGAAUUUCUACAUCUAACGACUGCAAAUGCCACAACGAGGCAUAUGGGUGCAACUAAAAUGACAACAGGCCAAGUCAAGGCAUCAUUGUAUGAUUAUAAUGAUGUGAAUGCUGACGCCAACGUUGAUAAUAGAGUCGACAAAAUGACCACUAAUACUGGCACCACCACCACCAUCAUCUCCAAACCCAAUACGAUGGCUAUUGAAAAUGUAAAAGAAGUAUUGAACAAACGACCACAACAGUUCGAAAUGGCAGAGAAGAACAACAAAUAUGUUGCUAGAGAUGUUGUUGUUGUUGUUGAUGACGAUGCAAAUGCAAAUGCUGUUGCAAAAAUAGCUAACGAACGUCAGCCAUUAGUGCGUAUUGUUUUGUUGCAGGAUUUCGAGGUUAAAGCGAAGGUUCACACUGAGGGCCAUCACAAUCAGCAUCAUUAUCAUCAUAAAUAUCAUCGUCAAUGCAAUAAUAAUUAUCAUCAUCAUGGUUCACUGGGGACAUUUACAACAUUUGUAGAAGAAAUUUUACAACAUCUACCACAUUCUGCGUACCAAAAUAUGAUUAACGAUAAAUGCAAGAAAAAUGCAAAAUUUGGCGAAUUCUACAAGGCUUUAAGAAGUCCAGAAUUUAAGCCGUUGCUUGAGCAGGCCAUGUCAUCUGCCAAUAUUAAGAAAAUUAUACAAAUUCUUAGCUCUCAUGAUGUGGAUGUUAAAUCUUUGGAACCCAUAGCCUUAAAAGUCAUCUCCUGGGGUCCCAAUCUAUAAGUAAAUAAAUAGUUUUACAAGUACUUUAAGCAUAUUUUUUUCUAUUAAAUAUUUUCAUUUAAUUUUUGUAACAAGUAUAUAAUUAUGGGUUUAAAUAAACGCUUAUAGAUGUCUGCAAA